CCCCGCCCGGCCCGCGGGGCGGCGCAUGCGCGUUGGCGGGGCAGAGCAGCGCGGGCAGCGAUGGCCGGCGGGGAGCAGCGCGGCGCGCCCGGCGCGGGGCGGGUGGCGCUCAAGAAGGAGAUCGGGCUGGUGAGCGCCUGUGCCAUCAUCAUCGGUAACAUCAUUGGUUCUGGGAUCUUUAUUUCCCCCAAAGGAGUCCUGGAGCACGCCGGCUCGGUGGGGCUCGCCCUGGUGAUUGGGUGCUGGCGGAGGUGUGGCUGCCUGGGCUCACUGCUGUACGCUGAACUGGGAGUCACCAUCCAAUCGGGAGGGGAUUACUCCUACGUCCACGAUUUUGGUGGGUUAGCUGGGUUCCUGCUGCUGUGGAGCGCGGUGCUCAUCAUGUACCCAACUAGUUUGGCUGUCAUAGCACUGACCUUCUCAAACUAUGUCCUGCAGCCCGUCUUCCCUAACUGUAUCCCCCCCUAUAAUGCCUCCAGGAUCCUCUCCAUGGUGUGUUUACUUCUCCUGACCUGGGUGAACAGCUCCAGCGUGCGAUGGGCAACGCGCAUCCAGGAUAUAUUUACAGCAGGAAAACUCUUAGCCCUGACCCUUAUCAUUAUUGUGGGCUUCAUACAGAUCUUUAAAGGAAACUACAAAGAGCUGACGCCAAGCAAUGCAUUCAAUUUUUGGAUGGACUCCAUCCGUGCAUUUAGCUUAGCUUUUCUUCAAGGGUCCUUUGCUUUCAGUGGCUGGAACUUCCUGAACUACGUGACAGAGGAACUGGUUGAUCCCCGCAGGAACCUACCUCGUGCCAUAUUCAUAUCCAUCCCACUGGUGACAUUUGUGUAUACGUUCACCAACAUUGCCUAUUUCACUGCCAUGUCACCCCCAGAGCUCUUGUCCUCCAACGCUGUGGCGGUAACAUUUGGUGAAAAGUUACUGGGCUAUUUUUCCUGGGUUAUGCCAGUCUCAGUGGCCCUAUCUACAUUUGGAGGAAUAAAUGGAUACCUUUUUACCUCAUCAAGGUUGUGUUUCUCUGGUGCCCGAGAAGGCCACUUGCCGAGUUUGCUUGCCAUGAUCCAUGUCAAGAACUGCACACCCAUUCCUGCCCUGCUCCUCUGUUGCUUGGCCACUCUUAUCAUCAUGCUUGUUGGAGACACAUACACACUAAUCAACUACGUGUCCUUUAUUAACUACCUCUGCUAUGGAGUGACAAUUAUAGGCCUGAUUGUCUUACGCUGGAGGAAACCCAAAAUCUUCAGACCUAUCAAGGUGAACCUCCUCAUCCCCAUCACUUACCUGGCGUUUUGGGCAUUUCUGCUGAUCUUCAGCUUAUACUCGGAGCCUGUUGUCUGUGGGGUUGGACUCAUUAUCAUUUUAACCGGAGUGCCAGUGUUUUUCCUUGGAGUCUACUGGAGAAAUAAACCAAAGUGUGUAAAUAGGCUAAUAGAGUCCCUGACGUGCUGGGGGCAGAAGCUGUGUUUCGUGGUGUACCCUCAGUGUGGAGCUGCUGAGGAGGAGGAGGGCUCCUCGGCCCACUCUUGGCGGCCGGUGAGCGAAAGAGCAGCGAGGAAAUAACAACCUCUGAGGCUGAAGUUGGCUUCUUGUUUACAUGCUGAUUUUUGAAGAAAAAAAAAAAAAAAGUUUUUCUGAAAAAAAAAAAAAGAUAUAUAUGUUUUUAGAGCUCCAAUAGCGAAGCCCGUAAAAUGAGCUACACCCUUCGUGGCAUCUGUAGCUUUUAGUUUUUCCCUAA